AAUGACAUUUCUCAUAAUUCUCCAACCACAUCAAUUGCUCAACUGAACUCCAUUCACUAUGGGCAUUCCACUGAACCUGGGUACUCUGGUCCUAAUGCUCAUCAUCUACAAUGAAGGUAAAGAAAGCAAAUACCUAGACUGUAAAUGUAUUUAUUGAUUCAGGGUCUUGAUGUACUUUUAUAGUCUACUACUACCAAUCCAAACUUCUAAAUGGUAAAACAGAUAUGUGUGAAAAUACCCUUGAAUAAAAAGGUGACAUUCUCAUAUUAAACAUUUGAUCUCAAAUAAAAAAUGCUGGAGUAUAGCGGUAUUGCGGUAUUACAUAACCUUUAUGAGGGUAAGAAGAAAAAUGCACAUCUGGCGUUAGAUAUUGUGGGUCCUGAUUGUUGGUGCUGUCACAGUGCACGCAGGGGGCAUUUAUGGGGGCAAGGAGGCCGUGCCGCACAGCAGACCCUACAUGGUGCUCCUGAACAGGACUAUCACCAACAAACUGAAGCCUAAAAACUGUGAUGGCUUUCUAGUGAGAGAGGACUUUGUGAUGACUGCUGCCCACUGCAAUGGGAGGUCAGUAAUGUCUGCUUAUCUAGUGAGAGAAAACCAGGGGCAAAUAUAUGGGGAGAUAUAAGCCAUUGUCUGCCCUAUAAAUCAUGUAACUGUUUCUCCUUCCUCCUUACUACCUUAUAUGCAGGGAAUUAGAAUUCAGCCAGAGCAAUUGCAAAAGUAUUGCUAGUCAAACACUGCUUUUUCAAUUGCAUUUUUCUUGCAAUCCCACCUAUUAAAAGGACAUUUUAAUAGGCUACCAUUUCAAUGUCUCUAGGUUUUUCACACCUGAAUAUCUUUACUAUUUUAAAACUAGGGCUAUCCUACGCUACCCCAUGUUUCACAUAGCUCUUCCUAACUUUGCAUUUACACAUUUUUACAUCAUGUAUUUCUAAUGUCCCCUUUGGAGGAUUUAAAUGUGAAACACAGCUUAGCCCAGAGCUAAGGGCUCCAAUAGCCAAACGCUGAGAUAAAAGGUGCAGCAUGAAAAACCUACCAAUAAAUUGGAUCAUGCACCAUUAAGAUGUAUUGCAGACUAUUUAAAUGUCAAGGCACAUGCUGAAUAAAGGGGAGGGCAAGGAUAUACUGUAGGUUGACAUUACAUAGAGAUUGACAUUAUGUUUUCAAUCAGCCUCUGUGAUUAACCCACUACUACCUGCUGCAGAUAUGUGUAAGACUACAGUAUAUUCUAUUGCAUUGUGUCUCUGUGUGUAUAUGUUACAGAUCCAUUAAGGUCAAACUGGGAGUCCACAACGUGCAACAGGAAAGCGCUCAGGAAAUGUUUGUGAAACAGGCAUUUCCACAUCCAUAUUAUGAUAAUGAAGAACAUGAUAAUGAUAUCAUGCUACUCAAGGUAAAUCCCCUAGCUAGGACCUAAUGUUACGCAUAUUGUUUUUAUGUGAAAUUGUGCAUGCACGUUGACGUGACUACAAUGUCUAAGUAUGCAAUUGCUUUGUAUCAAACAUGUCACAACAAAUUAUUAUUAUUCGUUUACCACUAUUAACCACCAGGUAGGCUAUAGAACCUCCAAGGGUGUAAAUUGUAACAUUUGAGAACCCCGCUCUUUCUGCCUCCCAGCUGGAGGAGAAAGUGCAUUUCACCGACCGUGUGAGACCCAUUGGUCUCCCGCAGACAGAAGAUGAGGAGAUACCCAAGGACUGUCUGGUGUCAGGCUGGGGCUACAAUAUCAGGGGAGUAAACCAAGGCUCCCCUGUGCUACUGGACCUCAACGUGACACUGGUUGCGAGUCAAGUAUGCUCUGACAACCAUGCGGUCUGCUCAUCAGGACUAGAUGGACCUGCUCGGGUAAGUGGCGUCUGAAAGUAUGUAAUUUUGCAGGGGAAAGAACAUGGGAGGAAAGAAAGAAAACAAUAAUUUCACCUUGGUGGAUGGCAUGAAUCAUUCCAAGGGAAAUGUGCCUGUUAAUUUGUUCAAUAUUGUGGUCUACAUGUGUUAUUUCCAGGGAGACUCCGGUAGUCCAUUGGUCUGUAACGGUGUGGCCUAUGGGGUGGUGUCCAGCUCUAUAGACAAUCUCUACAUCUACACGCGCAUCCCUGACUACCUGGACUGGAUCAACAACACCAUGAAUAAUUCAUAAGGCACUGAUCAGAAACAUCUACAGUUUGUUCAUUUGACCACCCAGGUCCCUAGAAGCAAGAUUAUGAUACUGCAGAAUCUGAAUGUGUUUAUGAUGCUUUCUGAUUGAUUUACCAGUGCUGGUUCAUGUCUGUGUGCCUACAUGCAGUAAGCCAAAGAUUGUUAUUAUAACCUCAUUGUUCUAUCUGUGUUGAAGCCUCUGAAUUUCCAUCUGUCAAACAAUGCUUUCAAGUCCUGUUCUGUGCUGUAGCUGUUUUAAAUAUUACAUUAUGAAUCAUGGGAUUAAAUAAAUAGAGUUUAUGUUAUUGAACACA